CCUCAACCCCAUCCUCUCUAACUACCGGUGAACCAUGAGAGUUACCACCGGUGUCCCGUUCAGGGCCUCUUUAUGGCCUAUAGUCAUCGCAUUAACUGUCUUUGGUGUUGCUAACCUUAUAGCUGUCUCGGCUGAUCCUUAUAUCUAUUCUUCACCACCACCACCAUACAUGUACAAGUCUCCACCACCACCGGUACAUUCACCACCACCACCAUAUUUGUACAAGUCUCCACCACCACCGGUGCAUUCACCACCACCACCAUAUCUGUACAAGUCUCCUCCACCACCGGUGCAUUCACCACCACCACCAUAUCUGUACAAGUCUCCACCACCACCGGUGCAUUCACCACCACCACCAUAUAUGUACAAGUCUCCACCUCCACCGGUGCAUUCACCACCACCGGUGCAUUCACCACCACCACCAUAUUUGUACAAGUCUCCACCUCCACCGGUGCAUUCACCACCACCGCCAUAUUUGUACAAGUCUCCACCACCUCCAGUUAAGUCACCACCACCACCAUACUACUACAAGUCUCCUCCUCCUCCGGUGCAUUCUCCACCACCACCUUACUACUACAAAUCCCCACCACCACCAACAAAGUCUCCCCCACACUAUUACUACAGUUCUCCACCACAACCAAAAUCCUACCACCCCGUACCUUACCCUCACCACAAGAAACUUAUUGUAAAGGUCGUGGGCAAAGUUUACUGCUACAGCUGCUAUGACUGGAAAUACCCAAUCCAAUCACACGCCAAGCACCACCUCAAAGGUGCUGUUGUCGAAAUUACUUGCAACGCUGUUGGCCAGAAAGAAAUUUUUGCAUAUGGAAAGACUAAGAUCAAUGGCAAAUAUGCAAUUACUGUUGAGGGUUUGGACUAUUCCAAAUAUGGAGGAGCAAAAGCUUGUACCGCUAAGCUUCAUAUGGCACCAAAGGGAACCAAAUGUAAUAUUCCAACAAAUCUUCAUGGUGGUUUGAAGGGUGCCAUGCUAAAGAGCCCACACCUUCUCCAUAUUAUUACAAAUCUCCACCACCACCGCCACCCACUUACUUGUACAAGUCUCCCCCUCCACCCCGUUAAGUCUCCUCCAGUAUAUCACUACACAUCACCCCCACCCCCUAAGAAAUCACCACCUACUCCAUACCACUACACUUCCCCUCCACCACCAGUAAAGUCUCCUCCCAAGUACCACUACACAUCACCCCCACCACCUAAGAAAUCACCACCUCCCCCAUACUACUACAAAUCGCCUCCACCACCAGUUAAAUCUCCACCCCCACCUUACCAUUACACUUCACCACCACCACCAGUGAAAUCUCCACCACCACCAUACCAUUACACUUCACCACCACCACCGGUGAAGUCACCACCCCCACCUUAUCACUACACAUCACCUCCACCACCGGUGAAAUCUCCGCCACCGCCAUACCAUUAUACAUCGCCUCCACCUCCUAUUAAGUCACCACCUCCUCCAUACCACUAUACAUCACCUCCACCACCAGUGAAAUCGCCUCCCCCACCAUAUCACUACACUUCACCACCUCCACCCGUGAAAUCUCCACCGCCACCAUACCAUUACACUUCACCUCCCCCGCCUGUAAAAUCCCCUCCACCGCCUUACCAUUACACAUCACCACCACCACCGGUGAAAUCUCCACCCCCACCAUACCACUACAGUUCACCUCCUCCACCGGUAAAAUCCCCACCACCACCAUACCACUACACAUCACCCCCACCCCCGGUUGAAAUCUCCACCACCCCAUACCACUACACCUCACCUCCACCACCAAUUAAGUCACCACCACCACCAUACCACUAUACAUCACCACCACCACCAGUUAAAUCCCAACCACCACCUUACCAUUAUACAUCACCUCCACCACCCAUGAAAUCUCCACCUCCUCCAUACCAUUAUACCUCACCACCACCACCAGUUAAGUCCCCAUCACCACCAUACCAUUACACCUCACCUCCUCCACCAACUAAGUCCCCACCACCACCAUACCACUACACAUCGCCUCCCCCACCAGUUAAAUCUCCACCACCACAGUACCAUUACUCUUCACCUCCACCACCAGUUAAGUCCCCACCACCACCAUACGACUACACAUCACCUCCACCAUCUGUGAAAUCUCCACCACCUCCAUACCACUACACCUCUCCCCCACCACCGGUUAAGUCCCCACCACCACCAUACCACUAUACAUCACCUCCACCACCAGUUAAAUCCCCACCUCCACCAUACCACUACACAUCUCCCCCACCACCAGUUAAGUCCCCACCGCCACCAUACCACUACACAUCACCUCCACCACCUGUGAAAUCUCCACCACCUCCAUACCAUUACACAUCACCCCCACCACCAGUUAAGUCACCACCACCUCCAUACCACUAUAUAUCUCCACCUCCACCAAUAAAAUCACCUCUUCCACCUGUAUACAUCUAUGGUUCUCCUCCACCCCCAACUAAUUAUUAG